CUGCCUUGUGCACCAAUGCAGCUUCCUAGGGACACGCAGCAGGCCUCGGGAAGAGCCCCGGGUCCCCCAGACGUGGCAGUCCUGGUCCCCCCCAACACCUUGCAGACUACAAGUCCCAGCAGCACCCGCAGCUCGUGCCUCCCGCCAAGCCGCGGAGACCCCCGGUCGGUCCCAGCCGCGGGGAGCGCGCUGCGCUGGGGCCGAGCCGGGUAGGGAGGCCGGUCCCGCGGGCGGGGGCGGGGCCGGCUCCGCGGCUUCUCCCGCCGCCGCCGCCAAGGGGAGUUUCCAGGAAGUGGCCAUAUUGAAUCCAUUCAGCCGCAGCCGCCCGGGCGGAGCGCGUCCCGCAGCCGGCUCGUCCCCGCCGCGGCCCCGGCGCUCCCCGCAGCCCGCCCGCCCGGUGCGCAGCUCGCCAUGGCGGCCACCGACCUGGAACGCAUCUCGAACGCAGAGCCCGAGCCCCGGAGCCUGUCCCUGGGCGGCCAUGUGGGGUUCGACAGCCUCCCUGACCAGCUGGUCAGCAAGUCGGUCACUCAGGGCUUCAGCUUCAACAUCCUCUGUGUGGGGGAGACUGGAAUUGGCAAGUCCACCCUAAUGAAUACACUCUUCAACACGACCUUUGAGACCGAGGAAGCCAGCCACCAUGAAGAGUGUGUACGCCUGCGGCCUCAGACCUAUGACCUCCAAGAGAGUAACGUUCAUCUCAAACUGACCAUCGUGGAUGCUGUGGGCUUUGGGGAUCAGAUCAAUAAGGAUGACAGUUACAGGCCCAUCGUUGACUACAUCGAUGCGCAGUUUGAAAACUAUCUACAGGAGGAGUUGAAGAUCCGCCGUUCCCUCUUUGACUACCACGACACGAGGAUCCAUGUUUGCCUCUACUUUAUCACGCCCACCGGGCACUCCCUGAAGUCCCUGGAUCUGGUGACCAUGAAGAAACUAGAUAGCAAGGUGAACAUAAUUCCCAUCAUUGCCAAGGCUGACACCAUCUCCAAGAGCGAGCUCCACAAGUUCAAGAUCAAGAUCAUGGGUGAGCUGGUCAGCAACGGAGUCCAGAUCUACCAGUUUCCCACCGACGACGAGGCUGUUGCUGAGAUCAAUGCAGUCAUGAACGCACACCUGCCUUUUGCCGUGGUGGGCAGCACAGAGGAGGUGAAGGUGGGCAACAAGCUAGUUCGAGCACGGCAGUACCCCUGGGGAGUGGUGCAGGUGGAGAACGAGAAUCACUGUGACUUCGUGAAGCUUCGGGAGAUGCUGAUCCGGGUCAACAUGGAGGACCUGAGGGAGCAGACCCACAGUCGGCACUACGAGCUCUACAGGCGCUGCAAGCUGGAGGAGAUGGGCUUCCAGGACAGCGACGGCGACAGCCAGCCCUUCAGCCUCCAGGAGACAUACGAGGCAAAGAGGAAGGAGUUCCUGAGCGAGCUGCAGAGGAAAGAGGAAGAGAUGAGACAGAUGUUCGUCAACAAAGUGAAGGAGACGGAGUUAGAGCUGAAGGAGAAGGAGCGGGAGCUCCAUGAGAAGUUUGAGCACCUGAAGCGAAUCCACCAGGAGGAGAAGCGCAAGGUAGAGGAGAAGCGCAAGGAGCUGGAGGAGGAGACCAAAGCCUUCAACUGCAGAAAGGCGGCCAUGGAGGCCCUGCAGUCUCAGGCCUUGCACGCCACUUCGCAACAGCCCCUGAGGAAAGACAAGGACAAGAAGAAAUCAGAUAUAGGAGCACAGCAGUCGGCCAUGGGCCUCUCCAGCUCUAAGGUGAUGAUGACCAAAGCCAAUGUGGAACCCUUGAACUGCAGCAGCUGGUGGCCCGCCAUCCAGUGCUGCAGCUGCCUGGUCAGGGACGCGACGUGGAGGGAAGGAUUCCUCUGAGGCAGCCGUUCAGCCACGUGGGGGCCAGCUCAGGACCGUCAGGGCGUGGAAGUGGAGACCAUGGUUUUUUAAUUUAGAACAGAGACUUCCCUCGCCCCCAACUCCCCCAGCGCCCCCCUCCACCCCCAGUUGUCACAUAUCAAUGACCAAAAUUGCAAAUGGUUUUCCAAUUUCCGAUCAGGGAGCAUCCGGCGUGGGCCCAACCCUUUUCUUCCCCAGAGAGUCUGAUUUGUGACGUGGUCCCUCUGAGGCGGGAGCCUUAUAGAUGGCCACGCUUGGAUUCUGAGCAAUGUGAGCCUACCGUGAGCGGGGAAAGUUACCUGUAACCGUUUGUCCUGAGGAGAAACCUGGAACCUUGUCAACAGCGCCAGUUUUUCCUAACGAAACUGCCCUUAGUGGUUUAACUUUCACGCUUCAUAACAGACCAAGACGCCAUGACAUUUCCUCAUUUGCAUAAUUUUGCCUUACUAACAAGCACGUCCUGAAGGAUGUCCCCAUCCCCUCCCCCCCCUACCCCCCCCCCCGACUAAAACCAACACGAACCGAUAUCUGAUACAUUUUUUUUAAGUGCCAGAUCAGAGGGGUCUAAGGCCUCCAUAAGGACUGUGUGUAGGUGAAUAGAGACAGCUCAGUGAAUGUGUGUAAAGUAUAGCAAAGGCAGACAGAUAUUUAUAUUACAAUAUUCAUAGAACGGAAAGUUCAAUAUUUUUGCAGUGUGUGUUUAAGAGAGAAACUGACCAUAAUAGUACCGUCCAAAUGUCUCCGUCCAGUGAACCCUGUGUCCUUUAGACGUGCGAGUCCGGUGGAAUGGUGUGGGAUAUAGAGAUGACAUUUUUUUUUCCACCCUGCGGUAUGUUGUGAGCCUCUGUGAAUCAGAUCACCUCGCCGUGGUGCAUGGGCAAGGUGUUGCACGCCUGUGCCUUGCCUGUUCUGUGUUGUGAAAACAGCUGUUCCAAAGGCACGGAUGAGUCUCAGGGAGACUCAGCGAACUCAUGCUUAUUAUAACGGAGAACCCCAGCGACCAUCCCCGCGUGGGGGUCCCGGCGAAGUCUGCUCGGAAUAGCCAGUCCCAUCCCCAGCAGCUCAUUCGGGGUACAGCCAGAGCCACAAUGCUUUAUGAAGUCUUUUACAUGUGGAGUUGACUGUAAAAAAAAAAAAGAAAAAGAAAAUAAAAGAGGCCAAAGCCUUACAUCA